GUGGCUUACGUAUAAUUUCCGAUCCGAGAUAAUGUAAUUUUUCUAUUUUAGGCAGUUGAAAUUAUUUCUCCUCACAAUGUCUUCUUCAGCAAUAUACAUUUUAGAUGUUAAGGGCAAAGUCCUUAUUUCGAGAAAUUAUCGAGGAGAUGUAGACAUGAGUGUCAUUGACAAAUUCAUGCCUUUACUUAUGGAAAAAGAAGAAGAAGGAAUGCUGACUCCGCUACUGCAAACUACUGAGUGCACAUUUUCUUACAUUAAAACCAACAAUUUGUAUAUAGUAUCCACUACUAAGAAGAAUGCAAACAUUGCACUUGUUUUUGUAUUCUUGUACAAAAUUGUCGAAGUUAUGACAGAAUAUUUCAAAGAACUGGAGGAGGAGAGUAUUCGGGACAACUUUGUUGUUAUUUACGAGCUCCUAGAUGAAUUGAUUGACUUUGGGUAUCCACAAACAACAGAUAGUAAGAUUCUCCAAGAGUACAUUACUCAGGAGGGUCACAAGUUGGAAAUGCAGCCUCGAAUACCCAUGGCAGUUACAAAUGCUGUGUCGUGGCGAUCUGAAGGCAUCAAGUAUAGAAAAAAUGAAGUUUUCUUGGAUGUAAUUGAAUCGGUAAAUUUAUUGGCUAAUUCAAACGGAAAUGUUCUCAGGAGUGAGAUUGUUGGAGCAAUUAAAAUGCGUGUAUACUUAUCUGGCAUGCCUGAGUUGAGACUUGGCCUGAAUGACAAAGUCUUAUUUGAAAGCACAGGCAGAGGUAAAUCUAAGUCUGUGGAGUUAGAAGAUGUUAAGUUCCACCAGUGUGUCAGAUUGUCACGUUUUGAAAAUGAUAGAACAAUAUCUUUCAUUCCACCUGAUGGUGAGUUUGAACUCAUGUCAUACAGGCUGAACACACAUGUGAAACCUUUGAUUUGGAUUGAAUCUGUUAUUGAGCGUCAUGCUCAUUCAAGGGUAGAGUAUAUGAUAAAAGCCAAGUCCCAGUUCAAACGGCGCUCAACAGCUAAUAAUGUGGAGAUCAUUAUACCAGUUCCGGCUGAUGCUGACUCUCCUAAGUUUAAAACUACAAUUGGCAGUGUAAAAUAUACUCCUGAGCAGAAUGCAAUCACUUGGUCUAUAAAAUCAUUUCCAGGUGGCAAGGAGUAUUUAAUGAGAGCACAUUUUGGUUUGCCAUCAGUUGUGUGUGAAGAACUUGAUGGAAAGCCUCCAAUACAAGUUAAGUUUGAGAUCCCAUAUUUCACAACUUCAGGCAUACAAGUAAGGUAUUUGAAGAUUAUUGAAAAAAGUGGAUACCAAGCUUUACCUUGGGUUCGGUAUAUAACACAAAAUGGAGACUAUCAACUGAGAACUAACUGAAUCAUACAUUCCCUUUUAUUGCACUAAGUUAUCUUAUUUUUGAACUUACACUCCAUUGUCAUAUUUUAGAUAGUUUAAGUAAUGGAUAUAGUAUUAUGUAUUGAAUAUUUUGACACAAUAAUAAAUGGUUAUUCUUGAAGUAUUUAA